CCGGUGUUCGCUGUCUUCUGACAUGACUUUGACGAGGACACUGCCGAACUACGAACGUCUGUUGCCAUGACAGCCUCAGUUCCCACUGUGGCAGCAGAGGGUCUUAUUGCCCCUACCCAGGGAUGUCCAAUCAAGCAUCAGGAGGCAAAACACACCAGUUGUCCUCCAUCAGAAUGUCCCAUGCACCAGUCAGAAGCAUCCUCCUCCAGUACUCCACCUGCACCAAGCCACCAAGAGAGAGCCUAUGAGUUUGUAGAAUGUCCCAUGAAGGCAGCAAACAGAGACAAGUACACGACAACAGAUAUCAACCCUGAUAAUAUGAUGCCGCCACCCAAUCAGCAGCCUUCUGCAGGACAGCCGUUCCAGCUGUCUCUGAGCAGACAAGAGUCUGGGAUACCGAGAGCAGGUUCAGAGCAGAACUGGGUCUAUCCAUCGGAACAGAUGUUCUGGAACGCCAUGCUGAGGAAAGGGUGGCGUUGGGCUGACGGGGACCUGAAUCAAAAAGACAUGAGUAACAUCAUUCAAAUUCACAACCACAACAAUGAGGCUGCCUGGCAGGAAAUACUGAGAUGGGAGGCACUGCAUAAGAGGGAAUGUCCAUGCGGUCCAUCACUUGUACGUUUUGGAGGAAAAGCUAAAGAGCUGACUCCAAGAGCCAGGCUAAGACAUUGGAUGGGCUACGAGCUCCCAUUUGACAGACAUGACUGGAUUGUGAACCGCUGUGGGACCGAAGUUCGUUAUGUCAUCGAUUAUUAUGACGCCAGCUCCCUUAACCAGAAAAACCAAGGCGACACUAUUCUAGAUGUCCGACCUGCGCUGGAUUCUCUCAGUGCCAUUUGGGACCGUAUGAGAGUCACAUGGUGGAGGUGGACACAUUAACGCUUCACCCUUUGACCUUUCAUACUCGUACCACCUCACACCUUACCCAUAGCUCUCAACCUACUGCCAUUUGGGAUUGCAUGAGAAUGGCAAGGUCAAAGUAUAUGCCAAGCCAGAAAAGCUACGCUACAACUCUGUAAUAGUCUAGUCCCCAUGGAUGAUGCUUCUCUCUUCACGAAGUUUUUCUUUGCCUCAGAAGUUAUAUUGCAAUGAGAUCACAGACAAAUCUCAUCAUGUAAAUGGAAAUUACAACUCAUGAUUGAGAGCUCAUUCAUUACUUCUUUCUUGUGUUUUUGGCAUUCUGCUGUAAAAUAUGAUAUACUAAGGUAACCUUGCAAAGUCAAUUCCAACCACGUGACAGUUUUGGCUAAUAAUGGAUAAAGAUAGAAACUAUAUCCAACAACAAAAAAUGUGGUCUAAACUUGAACUUGUUCCAUUCCUUUUAUUGUUGAAGAUAGGAUCUGUGGGGUUAGAUAGCGGUUAAAGAGAAUCUGUCCCAGUCAUGGCAAUUGUUUUACCAGACUAUCACAGAGGAUUCAGAGUCAAGUUCAUCGCAGUAUUAUCACACAUUAUUAAUGCUUAAGCAUGGCACACGUCAAGCAUACCCAAGUGCGCGCCCUCGCUUGUUUGUUUUUUCCUCCUGCUUUAUACUCUUUCUGAGCUACACCACAGACAAACAGAACAGCCUUGAGUGUAACUACAAAGGGAUGGUAUGAGGUCUUGUCUUAUCGCACACCACUCCCAUUCCUGUGUAGUUAAUUUUGUAAGUAAAUCUCUGUAACUGUACUCGCUGAGACACUCUUUAACUGUAUUUUCCCACUUUGUGAAGUUUGCUCAUUUGCUCAGUACUUUUCCACUGUGCAUUGGCCACAUUUGUUAUUCAUUUACACCCGCCACCUCGCGGUCUGAGCACUCACAAUGAAACGACACACAGGUACAUCGACAUACUAUACACACUCAGUCUACCUGCUGCUUUUUGUGUUACAUUGUGCACCAUUACUGUACAGUUUUCCAGUGCGAUUGUUGAUUCAUCAUUGGUGCUUUGGUAUUCCAAUAGUA